GAAAGAAAAGCCCAUACCAGCUUUGUAUCCAAACCAACCAGCCUCGUCUCACCGAACCUAACCUCCGGUCCGAACCUUGGUGUUGUUCCUCUGUUCGUUGAAAAUUUCACACUAUUUCGAUCACUUUAUCUCAGCUAGAGCUAAGAAACUCGUUUUUCCUUCCUCCACCGCUACGACGAACCCUAACGCUUUGAUCUUCAACACUCUUUCAGGAUCAAUUUUCAUCUUCAACUGAAUCUUAUUAUCAAUGUCACUGUCUACACUGUAGUUUAUGAAAAAAAAUUAAGCGUUUCUUCUACCGGAAAAUUGAGUGUUGAAAUGAUUUAUGCAAGUAGAUUUCUCUGUUAGGGUUAGGUUAGAUAAUGAAGACGGGUUAGUUCAAAUUCUAUCCAUCUGGGUGCAAUAUGAGUUUGGAGCUGGAAGAUAUGAACAGAGACGGCGGAUUCUUGCGGAGUAAAUGAUAGUUGCUCAGAGGGGUGUUUUUGGACAUGAUAUUUGGAGAAACUUUUUCUUGAUCUUCCUUGGUUCAUUCCGGCUUCUUAUAAACAGUUAUCAGCUGAAAAAUUGUGAGCUGGGUCAUCUAUGCCUGGAAACGAGGUAGGAGACAGGGUCCAUAAUUUUUUUGGUCAAGAAAACUUGUCCCAGGGCCAGUAUCACGCACAGGCAGUUGACGGGAACUGGCCUGGGCUAAGCAACAAUUUGUGGGCUGGCAGCCAGAGACCAGCCGGUGGACCUUUUAUUUCCAAUUUGAAACAUUUUAAUCUACAACAAUCAGGUUCUGAGCAGGGAAACACAAGCGCUCUACAUUUGCGACAUGGUUUGAAUCCGGCACAAUCAAAUCCGAGGCCUGACAUUGGCAGAAAUCAAACCCCAAACCAACAAACAGCUGUUAAUGGCUAUAUGCAAGGACAUCAGGUUUUCCAGACUAGGCAAAAUGAAACAAAUAUUUUGGGAGUGGAUACGGGAGCUGAUUUGCAUGGCAUAUCAAGAGGAAUAACGGUGCUAGAGUCACAGCAAGGGGCUGGUCUUGACCACUAUAAGAGAAACUUGACUAGGACUGAUGGUACAGAGUCUCCUGUCAAUUAUGAUUUUUUUGGAGGUCAACAACAAAUAAGCAGUCGACAAUCAGGCAUGCUUCAGUCUUUCCCUAGACAGCAGCCAGGGAUUAAUGACAUGCAGCUUUUGCAACAACAAGCAAUGCUCAACCAGAUGCAGGAACUUCAAAGGCAACAACAAUUUCAUCAACUAGAAGCGAGGCAACAUAGUUCCAUGACUCCUGCUUCUUCCAUUUCAAAACAGACAGUUGCCAACCAUUCUCCAUCUCUUAUUAAUGGCAUUCCCAUUAACGAGGCAUCUAACCUUAUGUGGCAGCCUGAAGUUAUGGCAACUAAUGCAAAUUGGCUCCAGCGUGGUGCAUCUCCAGUUAUGCAGGGCCCCCCUAAUGGUUUUGUGAUAUCUCCAGAGCAAUUGCGCUUGAUGGGUUUGGUUCCUAAUCAAGGAGACCAGUCUCUUUACGGGCUUCCCAUUUCUGGUUCUAGAGGUGCACCUAGCCUGUACUCUCAUGUUCAAGCAGACAAGUCAGCAAUGUCUCAGGUUUCUAUCCAAAACCAGUAUUCUCACGUUCAAGGUGACAAACAAUCAUUACCAUCCAUAUCAGCUAGUGUUAAUACAUUUCCAGCUCAUCAAUAUGCUGCAAUGUCAGAUCAAACGAACUCAAAUGACGGAACUUCAGUUUCUAGACAAGAUAUUCAAAGAAAAAGUAUGUUCGGUUCAGUUGCUCAAGGUAUUAAUAGUGGACUGAAUAUGGAGAACUUGCAGCAGAUGAAUUCUGAGCAAAGAGAUGUACCAAUGGAAGAUUUUCAUGCAAGGCAGGAACUGGCCGGAUCUUCCGAGACUUCACAGGACAAGAUGAUAGGGCAGGCUCCUCCACAUAAUGUGGCUACUCUAGAUCCAACAGAAGAAAAGAUUUUGUUUGGUUCUGAUGACAACCCUUGGGAUGGAUUUGGCAGGAAUUCUGGUUUCAAUAUGCUGGAUGAUUCAGAUGGUUUUAGUGGAUUUCCAUCUCUUCAAAGCGGGAGUUGGAGUGCACUUAUGCAGUCUGCUGUAGCUGAAACUUCUAGUAGUGAAAUGGGUAUACAGGAAGAAUGGAGUGGUUUAAGUUCCAGGAAUACUGAACGUUCAUUGCCAAAAGGACCUUCACCCAUUGAUAGCAGCAAACAACAAUCAGUUUGGGCUGAAAAUAACUUGCAGUCAUCCCCCAAUAUAAACUCACGGCCUUUAAUUCGUCAAGAUGAUCUUAGCAGGCCCAGUGCCACUGUAAACUAUUCUGGUCUUCCUGGAUUUCAUCAGCCAGGUGCUGAUACUGCACAGGAACAGCAUAACAGAUUACAUGCAGAUUCUUCUCAAAGAUCAAUUCCUCAGAUUUUAGAAAGAGGUAAAUGGCUAGAUUGCAACCCUCAGCAAAAACCAGUGGCAGAAGGAAGUCAUAUCUAUGGAAAUGCUACCAAUUCCUCAUGUUUAGAAGUAAAUGAAAAGGUUAUUUCAGGUUCUUGGAAUCAUCAACAAACUCUGUCAUCCCCUAACAGAAGUAGUGAGCCGUUCAAUAGAUCUAAUGGAUGGAAUUAUAUAAAAUCAGCCCCACCCGAAAACAAUUCUACUCCUAAACUGGGCCAGGUUCCUACUACGUGGGAGCCUGAUUCUGAUAAUAAUCCAUCUGUUGCUUUGGAACAUGUAAAGUCGGCAGGUAAUAUGCAGGUUUCUGGGGAAGAUUCUGGUAUGAAUGGCAUCGUUGCCAUGCCAAACUCUGGUGCUACAUGGGUCAGCCGACCGAGCAACCAUCAACAUUCUAAUGUUGACACAUGGAGGCAUGCAGAUUCUGUGGGGAGCUUUGGAAGAAACGAAGGUGCAGGAGGGAAGUAUAGGCAUCACAUGGAGAAGAAUCCUUUAGUUUUGGAGUCAUUACAGAACGAGAAUUCAGAAGGAGAAGCAUAUGAUAUGGAAAACUCAAAUAAAACGGAUAAAUCUGCAGAUGGUAUUGAGUCUAAUCCUUCCUAUCAUAGAGCUAGUGGUGUGAGAGAAAACCCCAAUUUCGACGGAAGUGAUUUGCACAGCCCGAAGUUACCUGGUCAGGGAAAUCGUAGACCUCCUGUAACUCGUAAAUUUCAGUAUCACCCAAUGGGGGAUGUUGGUGUUGAGACAGAAUCUUAUGGAAGCAAACAUGUAGUAAAUUCACAGCCUAUGCCCCAUCAACCCUUUGGAGGACUUAAAAGUCGAGACCAGAGCUACCCAGGGCAGUCAAAAUAUGGUCAUUCUGAUGGGAAUUAUUCUGAAACAGAGAAGGUUGACAAUAAAAGCAUCGAUGAUAAUGCUUCAAAAAGUGAACUAUCUAGUUACGCACCGAAAACAUUGAUGCCAUUUGAUAGAAAUUUUGGUAAUUGCGCCUCGAAUAAGACUGCUUCGCCCGGUCAAAAUAUUCUUGAGCUUCUUCAUAAAGUGGAUCAAUCAAGGGAGCAUGGCAUUGCAACAAAUAUGAGCACUUCUAACUGCCAUUUAUCUUCCAGGGUGAUGGAUACCGAAUCUUCUAAUGGGUCUGUUGUACAUCCUCAGCGGAAUCAAACUUCUUCGUCUCAGGGCUUUGGUUUACAAUUGGCUCCUCCUACUCAAAGGCUUCCUACGGCGUCUUCUCAUGCUACACCACAUGUUGCAUCUGAGAUGGUAGACAAGGGUCAUACUUGGUUGGCUGAUGCUCAGACUUUUCCUUCUCAAGAGUCAUCUCAUGAAAUUAGAAAUAACAUAGCUGGUUCCUCGGGGCAAGUUUUUGAUAAAGCCUCCCAGUAUAGUGCACUGGGAAAUACUCAACAGGCUUCCACAUCUGGCUUUCCUUUCUCCCGGAUCCAUCCACAAAAUCAGAAUAUGGCUAGUCUUGGUGGACAAGUAGCAAAUACUCAAUGUGAUAGUGCAAGUCGUGUUGAGCGAAUGGGUUCCACAAGUCAGAUAGAUGAAUAUUGUGAAAGAGCCCAAACUAGUCAAUCUGCAGUGUCAUCUGCUCAGGACCUUCCCAAGCUGAGUGGUAUAAACCAGAUCCGCCAUGGAGAUCCUACCAUGCAAAUUUCAGCAUUGGAGGCUGGCACAGCUCCUCAUCCUUCUGUCACUUUUAAUGCAUCUCUACAUGGUACCCCGUCUAAAGUUUUACGCAAUGUAUGGACAAGUGUUUCUGGCAUGCAACAGCCUGAUGCUUUGAUGGCUCCAUCCCAUCCCCAACCAAUUAAUAUCUGUGAAACUGCAACAGAGCCACAUAGGCUACAUGUUGAAGAUUCAGAGAAUGAUGCUAAUGACCUCUCCAGGAAACAGAUGUUGCCUGAAGUUGUUGAUGCCACUGGUGAAACUGCAAAUGCUUCACUUGUAGAGGAACAUAUUGUGAAAAGUACACCUGAUGCAUCUCAAUCUAGCCAAGCUGCGACUUCUAGAGAUAUUGAGGAUUUUGGUCGGUCUUUAAGACCAAACACUUUUUUGCAUCAUAAUUUCUCUAUGCCAAAUCAAGUUCAGUCCAUGAAAAAUAUGGAGAUUAAUCCUAUUCAUCAAGAUGUCAACAAAUUCAAAGUUACAGAUGAUGUAGGGGAUAGACAGCUUGAUUCUAACCAUGGACAACAGUCAUACAAAUACAAUAACACCGUCGAAGAUGUUUCGGGGGAUAAUUCUUCAGUGCCAGGUGAUGGACGAGAAACUAAUGCAUCUUCCGAGGAGAGGGUCAUAUAUGAUCAGAAAAAUGCUCUUAAUGUUGCUAAUAGUAAUAAAGUAACUUCUCUUAGAAGUGAUCAUUCUUUAAUAAAUCCUCAAAUGGCUCCAUCAUGGUUUGAGCAAUAUGGAACUUUUAAAAAUGGAAAGAUGUUGCCAAUGUAUGAUGCACGUGCAAUGACUCCAAACAUUAUGAAUCAGCCUUUCACCGUGAAGAACCAAUCUGCUAGUUUGCAUCUUGGUAAUCCAAUGGAGCAAGUCAAUAGUCUCAAUGAUGCUGGUCAGCAUGGUCAUGCCAGGCCAAGUCCAAUGCCUACUUCAGUUGCAAAUGUCAACGUGCCUUCUCAGUUAUUGUCUCCUCCUGCUAUUGAGCCUGAUUUGCUUACUGUGAGACCAAAGAAACGUAAAAGUGCUACUUCAGAACUCGUGGCAUGGCAUGAAGAAAUGAAACAGGGUUCUGAAAGGCUUCGAGACAUCAGGGGGGCAGAAUUAGACUGGGCACAAUCUGCAAAUAGAUUGAUUGAGAAGGUUGAGGACGAUGCUGAGCUAGUUGAAGUUUUGCCAACAAUGAAGUCAAAAAGAAGACUUGUCUUGACAACACAGCUCAUGCAGCAACUACUUAACCCUCCUCCAGCUGCAGUUCUCUCUGCAGACGUCAAGUUGCAUCAUGAUAGUGUGGUUUAUUCUGUUGCUAGAUUAGUGUUAGGAGAUGCGUGCAGUUCAGUCUCAUUGUGCAGAAAUGACACGCCAGUGCCUCCGGCUAGCGAAAAUCUCCGGCCCAACAGGCUUAAAUCAUCUGAUAAAAUUGACCAGUACAUUUCGAAAGUGGAAGAUUUUUCUGAUAGGGCAAGGAAGCUGGAAAAUGAUGUCAUGAGAUUGGAAAGCAGAGCCUCGGUUUUGGACUUAAGAAUUGAGUGUCAUGAUUUAGAAAGAAGAUUUUCUGUCAUCAAUCGAUUUGCCAAAUUCCAUGGUGCACGGGCGCAAAAUGAUGGGGCAGAGGCUUCAUCAUCCUCUGAAGCAACAGCAAAUGCUCAGAAAUCAUUUGUGCAGAAACAUGUUUAUGCACAUCCAAUGCCUAGAAAUCUACCAGACAGGGUACAAUGUCUUUCACUUUGAUAAUUAAUUAAUUCAUUUGUCCAUCUUUCUUGGUCGGUUAUCUCUGGAAUCUCCUGUUUUUUGGUCCUUUUCUUUCAACUUAUAUUACUGGGACUUCAUCGCCAUAGAACCAUACAACUGGCAAUGUAGGAGAAGAAUGGUACUAGAUUGCCUCCUCAACCAAUGGAGGCUGUUAGAUCUUUCCAAUCUAUAUUUGUAUGUAUGUAUUUAUGCUUAGAUCUUUGCAAUCUCGUUAUCUUUUACUUUUGGUUCAGGUUCUAAGCUUUUUUGUAUAUAGUAAGAUAAUAUAUGCAGUCUACUUAGUUUAACCAUGCCGUUUUGCUCGGUUAUCUGAUUGGUUACCAUAAGCUGGUCAUUGUUUUUCUUUUUUCUUUGGAUAGAACAUAAGAUGUUUAUUGUUAACUCAAUCAUUUAUUUUCUCUCAAUUCCAGAUCAUUUUCUUGUAUUUGUAUAUAGCAAGAUAAUAUAUGUAGGCUACCUGGUUUCAACCA